ACACAGAAAUGUCCCCUCCGUCCGCACGGCUUCAAACCAAACCCGUGAUAACGUGUCUGAAGACAUUUCUGAUCUCGUACAGUCUGAUUUUCUGGUUAACAGGAGUCAUCUUGUUGGCUGUUGGAGUAUGGGGAAAGGUUAAUUUGGAGUUCAACCUCCUCCUGAAUUCAGACAAGGGCACCAAUGUACCAUAUGUCCUCAUUGGGACCGGAGCCAUCAUCAUCAUCUUCGGGUUGUUCGGUUGCUUCGCGACCUGCCGUGGAAGUCCAUGGAUGCUGAAGCUGUAUGCUAUGUUCCUGAUGCUUGUGUUCUUAGCUGAACUAGUGGCAGGUAUAUCCGGCUUUAUUUUCAGACAUGAGAUUAAAGCAGUGCUUCAAGGUGCCUAUAAUAAAGCUGAAUCAGUCUACAGUGGUAAGGACAAUGAAGAUCUGGACAGAAUCCAGAGAACACUGCAAUGCUGUGGAGAGAAUAACUACACCAGCUGGACAAACACAGAAUACUUCAAAAACAAGGGCAUCCCCAAAAGCUGCUGUAACAUGACUGCUGGUGGAAACUGCACUUCUGAAGAACUUAAAGAUCUAAACAAGGCUGCAUUAGUGGUAUAUCAACGGGGCUGUUUCUCCCUCAUGACUACAACAUUGGAGGCCAAUCUUGGAAUUAUUGCUGGAAUUUCUUUUGGAAUUGCAUUCUUCCAGCUCAUUGGGAUAUUCCUGGCAUGUUGUCUGUCUCGCUAUAUCACCAACAACCAAUAUGAGAUGGUGUAGUGAUCCACAGGGUAUCAACUGGAGAUCACAGAGGGCUGAACCUGACAAAAGGGAAAAGAUUUAGUUUCAGUGUUUUGUAUGUGUGCCUUAGCUAAACAUUUCAUUUUAGAGAAUUUCUGACUGUUUUUUAAAGAAUAUUUCUUGUUGGUAACUACAUUGAAGGGAAGGAACCCAAAAUACGAUACGUUCAUUUUGAAUUUGUUUUGCCAGAGUGUAAAUAUAACAGUAAUUACGGAAGUUUGUAGAAAGUGCAUGUGUUUUAGCCGGUUACACCAGGAACAUUCAGACAGUUAUGCAGUAAACAGAGUACUGCACACCUUUACAUUUGUUUAACUGGAAUUAACACGUGCUAAAACUUUGCAUCUAGUAAAAAAACAGUAGUAAUAUUUCUUGCAUGCACCUAAAGUUCAACAUUUGCUAAAAAGAAUGUUUUUGAGAAUGAAUUUGAGACAUUUAAGAUGUUAUCCACUCAGCAUGUUGUAUAGGGAGUUCUGUUUGUCACCAGUAGUUAAUUUCAUCUAUAACUAUUUUAAUACAUGUAUUUUCAUUUCCAUUUGGAUUGCUUCUGUGAAAAUGAUCUGGUUAUUUGCAAUUUCUCUGCAGUCUUUAUAAAUGUAGCAGCUAUAGUGUUAAUUGUAAGGUUGUUGAAUGUCGUGGCAGUGAUGUGCUGAAGAGAAAAUUUGUAGUGUCUCUUUAA